ACUUCGUGUAUGACGACAGCUCUGUGCUUGGUUGGGAUUCUUAUCUACCCAGUUGUUUACGCAGUUCUUUAACGGUACUCCGCGAGUUUCCGUGCAGUAUUUGACCUGCCGCACACUCUGUCUUCCUACUACUAAAGCCUACGUGAUCUGCGCUUUUCUCCGCACCAUCCAACGACUUCGGCGCAUACUUGCAUAUACCGUCGGUAUUCUCCCUUCAUCACCUGGACAACUUCAACUUUCGAAAACCUGGCAGGGAACAAGCGUCGCAGUCUCUCUUCCCAGGGAGGUCUGCUAAAUAGAAUGUUUGGUGGCGGAUCUAGCUCUACUUCGGCGAAAUGUGAUCCCGCCGUCGCCGACUCUACCAAAUCAGACAAGAAGCCUCCGUCGCCGGACCGAAAGCGCGACCCUACGUCGACUAGUACUCCCACGAAAUCUCCUGAUCAGGCUGCCAGCGGCGAGAAGCGCAGUGGCAAUGGCAGCCCUCCUGGACGACAGAACCCCGAUACUGGCAAUUCUGAGAAAAAGCGUAGGAGCUCUGGUGUUGGAAGUAAAGCGAGUAGCCUUAUAGCUAGUGCCAAGAACACCUUGAACUUCGGCCAGGUCGGAAGGACCAAUAGCGAUGUCAGUUCUCAAACUCCUUUACAGAAGUUAGGAAAGCAAGACCAGACACUUGCUGUGCCUCAAGGCCAGCACAACAAUUCAGCUGGAGAAUCUAUCCCUGGACCACGAUCGACCUUCCGCGUCGGUGUCUGGGAAGAUAGAAACAAAAAAUGCCGUCGAACCAUGGAAGAUACCCACGCGUUUCUCUACAAUUUCUUACAUACCCCGGCGCCUCAACUCAUCCCGGAUUCUGGAAACAAGAGUCAAAAGUCACAGAAAUCUACAUCGGAAGAAGGUGAUCGUCCAUCUGAAUUGGGUUCCCAGGAGAUGGUAGAAACUGACAACGGCUACUUCGCGAUAUUCGACGGACAUGCCGGUACCUUUGCUGCAGACUGGUGUGGAAAGAAGCUACAUCUUAUCCUCGAAGAGACUAUACGACGGAAUCCCAACGUCCCUAUCCCAGAACUAUUAGACCAGACUUUUACCAAUGUCGAUGCACAACUGGAGAAGCUGCCACUUAAGAACAGCGGCUGCACCGCAGCUAUUGCCGUUUUGCGUUGGGAGGAUCGAGUUCCGAGCUCGAGCUCGGCAACCGGCUCCCAGGCCAUUGCCCCUGCUGCCGCAGCAGCUUCGAAGGCAGCGGAAGUGUCCAAAGCAAAAGAUAGCAAAUCCGAAAGCGACGGCACUAACAACGUGAUCCCCGAAUCAGCCCAUGCAAGGUUGAAAAACGCUGCAGUACGGCAACGAGUUCUUUACACGGCAAAUGUGGGUGAUGCUCGUAUCAUCUUAUGCAGGGCUGGAAAGGCUUUGCGUCUUUCGUACGACCACAAGGGUAGUGAUGAAAAUGAAGGGAAACGUAUUGCGAAUGCUGGAGGGUUGAUCCUUAACAAUCGGGUGAAUGGAGUAUUGGCUGUUACUCGUGCCCUCGGCGAUACUUAUAUGAAAGAUCUCGUGACAGGACAUCCGUACACUACUGAAACUGUCAUUCAGCCCGAAGUCGAUGAGUUUAUCAUCAUUGCUUGCGAUGGACUCUGGGAUGUCUGUAACGAUCAAGAUGCAGUUGACCUCGUUCGCGAUGAACAGAAUCCUGUGACUGCUUCAAAGAAACUUGUCGACCAUGCCCUGGCUCGAUUUAGCACAGACAAUCUGUCCUGUAUGAUUGUCCGAUUUGACAAGGCCGCUCUGAUAGAGCAUCAGAACAAUAGGGAAACACCUAUUGGUGUAGAAGGAGAUAACACUAGCGCAGGUGGUAAUGUUAGCGAAGCUGACAGGAUUGUGAACUCAACUAAACAAAAGAUCGCCGAAGGUGAUACUCCUGCCAUUGGCAUAUCAGCUAGCAAUAGCGGCCGAGGCCACGACCUCGUACCUAUCGAUGGCGGAGAUAGCUUCAAGCCAACGAUUAUCGAAGGACCAGUCGAGGAAGAACCUCCCUCAUUAGAGGAUAGUGACGCCCCAGAAGUCACUGCAGACGCCAUACCGAACCCUGGAAGUCUAGUUAGUCCAGAAGCGACGUCUCCGAAUACUGGCCGUCCCCCAUCGGCGUCUUAACCACGGCUUUCACAAGACGGAAAGUGGCAUACAACUUCCAUCCUCUUUCCGUCGUCGGCCAUCAGGCUUUGCAGCUUAUUACUGAUAAGUUGUCACGGAAGUUUAUCAUAGGAAACUUAUCUGCACUCUCGUUAUUCAGAUGCGGUGAUAUACCGCACGUCAUUAUUCUGGUACGAGGCAUGAUGUGCAGAUUCAGGGGCAAAAAUCCGGGCUACAUGG